AUGGAUCCGGAGUUAUACAAAGCUGCAAUUGAUGGAACCUUAUCUGAAAAAACAUUGAGAGCUGCUGCUGAUUCAAAACAGCUGGUCACAGGAGGGAAAAAGAACAACAUUCUUCAUGUAGCUGCAAAAUCUGGUAAUUUGCAAAUUAACACAGAAGAAGAAGCAAAAUCAGGGCAUGUUGAAAUGGUUAGGUUUCUGAUUGUUAAGGCAAGAAAGAUGGAUGCUCAACAAAAGAGAAAGCUAGUGACUAUGAAGAAUUGUGAGGGAGAUACAGCUCUCCAUGAAGCUGUUCGACAUAAUCGAUUCGAGAUUGUCAAGUUGCUUAUUCAUGAAGAUUCCAAUUUGGCUUCUGUUUUGAAUGGCUAUGGAGAAUCUCCUCUUUUCAUGGCUGUCGCUAGAUGCUUUUACGAAAUUGGCCUUCUCAUCUUGAAUGCUGCUGCUCCCAUUAAUUGCUCUGUCGAUGGAAGGAACAGCAUGAAUGUCUUGCAUGCAGCUGUAAUUCGAGCUCCAAUUCCUAAAUUUAUACAUGAGGUGCUUUUCAAACUUUCUUCUUCUUCAAUGUUGGAAAAAGCUGAUGAUUUUAGGUGGAUUCCUCUUCACUAUGCAGCAUACUUAGACAAUAGAGAACUCAUUGAACUAUUUAUAGAUCAUAACAAUUCCCUUGCUUAA